AAGAGAAAUUUAGCAGCCAGCAGCAGCAGCAGCAGACGAAGGUAAACACGUUACACGCGCUAAAGAAUUCGAAUUUCAGCACCACAAAUUGGCGUGCUUAACUGCGAAGAUUAUUCCUGCUUGAGUUUUUUUAUGAAGUUUGAUAAUCUGUGUGUCUGGCGCAGCGUGCACAAGCCUCCUGGAGAAGCAGGAAGCCAACCAACACUGGUGAUCAUCUCAUCCACUCAUCUCCCUGUGCUGCCAACAUGGAGCCCAUGACUCUAGGCAGCCCCGUUGGGUCUUCUGGGGCUGCUGCCUCCCACACCACACCUCCCAGCACCAGCACCAGCAGCUUCCUGCCCUCAUACCUCAUGGGAGAUAUCGCCUCCCCAGCUUCAAGUGGGCGACUUGGUAGUGGUGGAGGGGCCAGCCCAAACAAGACAACACGCCAGUUCUCCUCCCCCUCAAUGCCCUCGCCAGGCUCCCCUCAGCCCUCUAAAGAUGCCUUCUUCCCUGCAAAACUUGGACCAGACAAGCCAGGAGGGCCGCCAACCCAGGGCCUGACGGGUGUGCGUGGGCCCCCACCCCUGACCCACUCCCCCAUCCCCAUGCGUCUUGGCAGCCCAUUUGUUGAUCAGCGUUUGUUAGGUCAACCUGGUGGUGGAUUCAGUACCCCGACUUCACCCCUCGUGUCUACCCCAACCUACAACUCUCAAAACUUCAUGCCCUCCAGGGAUAAUACCAGCGUCCUAGCCCAAGACUCUCUCCAAAUGACGGGAAGCGACACAUUGGAGGAUACUUGGGUGACAGUGUUUGGGUUCCCACCUGCAGCAGCGUCCUACAUCCUAACACAGUUCACCCAGCUUGGCACCAUCACUGAACACCACAACCCAGGAUUAGGGAAUUGGAUGCACCUCAAGUAUAUGACCAAACUGCAGGCCAGGAAAGCUCUCAGCAAGAAUGGGAAGGUGUUCAGUGGCAACAUCAUGAUUGGGGUGGUUCCCUGUACCGACAAAAUGGUGAUAGGUGACAAGGAGAAUGUUUCCACCAACCUAAGCAGCAUAAUGUCCCCGGCCAACACCAGCUUCUCCAGCACUCCCAAGUCCAGCAUUCGGCCGCUCACACAGGCCUAUCAGACAGUCCAUGCAGAACAUGAGGUGCUUCCCAAAGUCAACACUCCCAAGAAAAAUGACAGCUUUGUGUCCAGAGCUAUGCAACACAUCUUAGGAAUAUAAGACAAUAUAGCUAAUUUCCUUUUCUACUUCUGUCAUAACUCAUCUUAUUUGAUAUAUUGUUUUAGUUUGAAGUAUCUUUUCCUUAUAUCUUGGCAGUAAAAGUUACCAAAUACCAGUCAUUACUUGAUUACAACACACUAAAAUUGUAUCAAGAAUUAUAAUAAUUGAAAUGGACAAGGAAGAUCUUUUGCCUUCUAUUAUUGUCUUAUCAUUAUCAAAACUUGUCUCCACACAAACAAAUUUUCAGAUAUGCAGCUCUUUAUUUUCUUGAAUUUAUUUAACAAAUAUUACUUGGUUCAAUCUUCUUUAAACGACUGUUUCACUUUUCCUUUUGGCCACUAAAUGUUGGGUUGCUACAUUGCACAUUUUAUCAGCAAAAAUUCACUCAUGAAAAUUUCACUCGAAAGUCACCACAUGAUUAAUUCCACUAUAUACUUUUUACCUUACCUAAUUUGCCAUAUGAAAAUGUUUUUUUAAUAAAUCUUCGGACUGAAAUGUUCACAAGGGAUAUUCAUUAGGGGGAAACUUACAUUGUAAGGUUACAUCAUCAUUUGUGAUGGUUGUGUGUGGUUGCCAUGUCCUGACACCACACCACCACCUCGUGCUGUGUUGUGGGACUGGGGAAAAGAUAGCUGUAGGGUAAUACCACACCGUCACUUUCCUACAUCUUUUUAAGUAACUGAAUAAAAACUGAACAUGUUAGGCAAAUUCCCACAAUAUUCCAAGAUUUUAGUGUUAUUUCAUUAUCCUAUUUUUUAAUUACAACUGUUAUCUGUUACAAUAAAAAAAAAUUUGACAA